ACGGCCGGCUGGGGGCCGUGGCCGCUCACGGAUGGCCGGUGCGGGUGGGGAAGGGGAGGCGCCGGCGCUGCGGGCGGUGCGAAGGUGUCUGGCGGCGUUCCCGGCGGAGGCCCGCGAGUUGGGACUGACGGAAUCUGUGCCAUAUCUAGAUAGCCUUCUGUCUCCGCUGGAAUUUUAUCGGGAAUGGGUGUGUCCAAACAAGCCAUGUAUAAUUCGGAAUGCCUUCGGUCACUGGCCAGCUCUGAAGAAGUGGACGUUAACUUAUCUCAGGAAGGUAGCAGGCUCCAAGAUGGUGAGUGUGGCAGUGACGCCAAAUGGUUAUGCCGAUGCUGUUUAUCAGGACCGAUUUGUCAUGCCAGAGGAGCAGCACAUGCUUUUCAGCAACUUCCUGGACAUCGUGGAGAAGAAAGUGAUCUCCCCAAGUGUGUUCUAUGUGCAGAAACAGUGUUCAAACCUGACUGAGGAGUUCCCUGAACUUUUAGGUGAUGUGGAGCCUGAAGUACCGUGGAUGAGUGAGGCACUUGGAAAGAAGCCCGAUGCUGUGAAUUUCUGGCUUGGCGAGUCUGCUGCUGUGACAUCCUUGCAUAAAGAUCACUACGAGAACUUGUACUGUGUGAUUUCUGGCGAGAAACAUUUUCUGCUGCAUCCACCAAGUGACCGCCCCUUCAUCCCCUACGAGCUCUACCUACCUGCAACGUAUUGCAUAUCAGAAGAUGGUUCGUUUCAGGUUGUGGAUGAGAAGGCUGCAGACAAGGUGCCAUGGAUUCCGCUGGAUCCUUUAAAUCCAGAUCUUGAACAAUACCCAGAGUAUGCCCAGGCAAGGCCUUUGCGGUGCACAGUGAAAGCUGGUGAGAUGUUGUACCUCCCUUCCCUCUGGUUUCAUCAUGUUCAGCAGUCACAUGGUUGUAUAGCAGUGAAUUAUUGGUAUGACAUGGAAUAUGACCUGAAGUACAGCUACUAUCAACUUCUAGAUUCUCUCACAAAAGCUGUGACACUGGUGUAGCUGAGUCUGGGGACUCAGUCAUAAACCUUUCUGAUGUGACUGAAUUAUAUGCAUCUGCCUGGAGUACAAAUAUGCUUGAGUCAGAAGAACUAAAUAUUAAAUUAUCCUCAACAAA